CGAUUCAUAUUACGAAUCGAAAUGUUCAGCGGUGGUCACGUAUUAUUGGACUUCUCGGCCAUACCAAAGUUGCAUGGGCCAGAGAAUUUUUGGCAUUGGCGUAUGCUUUUGCGUGCCUAUUUGGAGUCAGCUGACCUAUGGAGGGACGAUCAUCCAAAGGAUAACCCUCACGCCAAGUUCAUAGUUUUGGCCUCAGUGCAGUCUGAUAAGAUAGAGCCAGGAUACGAUGAUGAGACACCAAAGCAAAUAUUUAAAAGUCUAGAGGAACGUUUCCGCCCCUAUUAGCAACGUUUUCAAAUACUAU